GGUGAUUCUGCUAGCAGCUAAGCGUUUUCAAUUACAGAUGCCAAGCGUGAAUACGAGGCCCAUUACUUGGUACGAAGCACGAUGUCGUUCCCUUGCGAUUUCGCUAGAAAUCAUGCAUAGGGCAAUAGGGAGCUCCAUCCAGCCCGCAAGGUAUAAAAGUUAGACUAAGGCCAGGGAAUAAAGGGAGCAACUCAAUCGAGGAAACUGUCUAUCUCUAGCAUUACCAACGACUCUCCAAUUACUAUUGACGAAGUCUACUUUCUUGAUCUUUUGGCAUUCUUUACGAAAACAAAAUCAAUGGCAUCAUACUCGGGCAAAAACGUGGUCAUAAUCGGUGGUAGCCAUGGGAUCGGUCUAUCAACAGCUCAGCUUCUGGUUGACGAGGGUGCAAAAGUCCUCGUCACCGGUCGUAGCCUUGAACCCAUUGAAGCAGCAAAGCAACAGCUGAAAAAUAAGGCCGAAAUUGUGCAGUGCGAUAUCACUUCCACCGCGGCCAUAUCUAAUCUUGUUCAGACGGCGCAGUCCUCUUUCGGUUCUGGACAAGGCAUUGAUCUUCUGUUUGUCAACGCUGGUUAUGCUUCUUUAGAGUCAUUCGCUACAGUAUCAGAAGAGUCUUUCCGACGAACAUUCGACACUAACGUGUUCGGUGCUUUCUUUGUCGCGCAAAAGCUAUCCCCUCUCCUUAAAGAUGGCGGUUCCAUCGUAUUUACCACCUCGGUCGCAAAUCAGGUUGGCAUCCCUGGCAUGGCGACAUACUCCGCCUCGAAGGCUGCCGUCCGGUCGUUUGUGCAGACAUUGGCAGCCGAACUGGUUAGUCGAAAGAUCCGAGUCAAUGCGGUCUCCCCCGGUUUUGUGAAGACCCCAACUAUGGGUGUUGCAAGUGCCUCCAGUGAUGAUCUACGGGAGUUCGAAAACCAGGGUGUCCAGACUACACCCCUAGGUAGGAUUGGAGAGCCGAUCGAGGUCGCGCGUGCCGUUUUGUUCCUCGCUUUCGAGGCUACCUUCACGACGGGCUCGGAGGUGACACUUGAUGGUGGGCUGGCGUUACUGAAGGCACAUUAGUGAGACAUUGUUGAACCUGGGCGAGGGAACGCUACUGUGGGUUUUACUAUACGUAUGCUAGGUAAUGUAUAGAUAGAAUGAAGGUAUUACAAAGGCCUAGAUAUCACCUUUGUCUGUGAUCAUCUUCUCAAAAUUAGAUCGUGAGCAAUCAAUUGUCAUCAAUGCCAGCUUUCCCCUCCACUGUAUAUCUCAACGUUAUCUCAACGUGAGAGCUGAUAACCAGGGUCAUUUAAAC